GUGCCUCAGGAGACGAUGGCGGCAGAAGUGGAGGCCCACAAGCUGCUGGUGCGGCGAUGCCUCGACGACAUCAAGAAGCUCGACGGCGGCAGCAGGUACCAGGUGGACACCUUCAUCCCUCCCAUGCGGACGCUUGAUGAUCUGAAACAGAAGAUCCGGAGGCUGCCCAAGAGCCUCUGUGAGGAUGUGGCGGAUGUGAUGGCACAGCAGGGAGCAGCUGAGCUGCUGGCCCAGGCUCUCACGUCUCUGUCUGACAAGGACUCGCCGGUGCCCGACGCAAACUUCAGACCCAUCAACGCCACUGUGCACAUUCUGGUGAACUACACGGACUUAAGCCCAGCACUGGGCCGUGCUGUGGGUCAGUGCGGCACCAUCAAACAUCUUCUGGACAUCCUGAAGCACCAGCCGCUGUGGGAGCGCAGCACCACUGAGCCGGCCAUACGCACGCUGCUGGUGGGCACCGUCACUCUGCUGGGGAACCUCUCCCAUGAGCCAGAGAACCGCGCCUGCUUCCGCCAGAGCAACGCGGUGCCCGUGAUGCAGGAGAUGCUCAAGAACGACAUCCAGGAGGUCAGGUUGUCUGCAAUGGACGUCAUCGCCCACGUGCUGGAGGAGAGCGACUGCGACCCCCUGGGAGAGACGAACUCCACUAACGAGCUGCUCCAGACCAUCAGUCGGCCCACCGUGUACGGCCGAUACAAGCAGGUGGGUGAGGUGAUAUACCUGGGCGAGGCGCUGCUGGAGUCUCUGGCCAUGCUGUCCAUGUGCUGGCCGGUGCGCAGGAAGAUCUACGAGGCGGGCGCCGUGGCUCCACUGGUGCAGAGCCUGAGGCAGGGCCGCUCCGUAGAGAAGCUCCACGCGGUGACGACGCUCAGCAGACUCAGCCAGGACCCCGGCACCUGCUCCCAGAUGAGGCAGGAGGGACAGCUCCACUGCCCCAUAUGGAGCACGAACCAGAACCAGCUGAGGGAGAGAGCGGCCGUCUCCUGGGGCAGCGUCGUGCUCCGCGCCGUCAAGGGCUUCAUCUCGUGCUGCUCCUCCUCCAGGUCCAAGGAGGUGCAGGCUCGCCUCGCAGGCGUCCCCAAGUGGCAGGAGGGUGACGUGCAGGCCUGGCUGGAGGAGAGCAGCCUGGGCGCCUACUGCCCCAACUUCACGCAGAUCGACGGCCGCAUCCUCCACUCCCUCCUGGAGAUCCGCCAGCAGGCCCCGGAGUUCUUCGCCAUGGUGGCACGGGAAGUGGGCGGCUUCCACCGCCUGGAGGACUUCCUCAAGUUCCUGGAUGCUGUGGAGAAACUGGACUGAUGAGGUGGCAGAGUCGAGGACAGAGCAGCUGAUUGGAGCUCAACCACACAAACACAGCACAACCACACA